CUCCUCCUAUAGCUCCUCCCACCAGUCUCCACUGGUGGAUUCUCAUGUGUUGCCUCUUUUUCCUAAGGAUGUCGCAGUUCAAUGAUUGUUCCAACAUGCUUGACCUUGUGAAAAAACAUGGGAAAAAGACGUAGAUAAAACAUUAUUUAUGUCCAGUUUCCCAAUGUUCCUGAACACAACCAAGGGGCUCCUCCCCACUGAGGGCCCAGACUCAAAGCUGGACUGGACCGAAUUGGACCCCUCUAACUGUACCAACUACACAGCAGCCUGGGACUGGCUUUCCUCUUACCAGCCAGUCUACAUGGUUCUGCUCAGUGUGGUGGGCAUGGUGGCCAACGGCCUGGUCCUCUGUGUCUUCUGUCUGCAGAGGAAGCCAUGCACCGUGGCUGAUGUCUACCUGGGCAACCUGGCAGCUGCAGACCUGGUCAUGGUGUCCUGUCUACCCUUCUGGGCUACUACCAUCGCUAACGGCUACCACUGGAAGUUCGGCGAGCCCAUAUGCAAGCUGGUCAACGUGGCCAUCUCCAUGAACUACUACUGUAGUGUUUUCUUCCUGGUGCUGGUUAGCGUCGAUCGCUACCUGGCUCUGGUCCGGCCCAUGUGCCAAAGCCGGCUGCGGAGGGCGGCCUGGGCCAAGCGCAUCUGCCUGGGGAUAUGGAUCGUGGGGUUCCUGCUGAGUCUGCCCAUCCUGGUCUUCCGCAGUGUGAAAUACGUGGCCACGGCUGGGGUGAUGGCCUGUAUCCUGGCCUACCCCCAUCCGGAAUGGGAGAUCCGGCGCAACAUCACCAAUAACGUGGUUGGGUUCCUACUUCCGGCGAUAGUGGUGGCGUACUGCAGUCGCCACAUCGUGAUCACUCUGAAAGAUGGUCAGAUCAGAAAAUCUCCCGGGGUGAGGUCAGAGAGGAAGGCCACACAACUGGUCCUGACUGUCCUCGCGGUCUUCCUCAUCUGCUGGACGCCCUACCAGGUGGUGCGCUUCCUGGACACACUGGAUUACUUCCAGGUCACGCCAGGGUGCCUCUGGGGUCACAUUCUGGACAUUAGCGUACAGCUGUCCACCUACCUGGCGUAUGCCCACAGCACCAUCAACCCCUUCCUGUACGUCAUUGUGGGGAGACACUUCCGGAAGAAGGCGAAGGAAGUGUUCGGGACAAUGUUAAAACGCAGGUUUGAAGGAGAAAUAUUUCCUGACGUUAAAUUUCACCUCCAGUGGAAGACUAGACACUCAAAGGAUACAAUGUGCACAACUUGUGAAACAAAUUGUGACGUGACGAGAGUCUGUCUGUCUGGACUUCCGUCUGUCCUGUGAAAGAACUGAUCCAGACAAACAUUUCACCUUCAGCUGCUUUUACUUAUUGUAAAUAUGUUCUGUCUUGAAACUGAAUGGAUCUCCGUCAGUUGUUGCUGAGAAAUCAAAUGAGGUGAAAAAGUGAUCAGGGAUAUCCAGAUGACUUGUAAUUACCGGCAGAAAUCUGUUCCCAAUCAUCAAGAGGUUUAUUACUGCAAAUAGUCAAUUUGGCUGUCUACAAUAUUUGUUCGCUUUAUCUAACUCCUGUUGUAAUUCAUUUGUUGAUUUAUGGAGAAAUAUUAUGAAUAGCUACAGACUCCAUUUGGGUGCACGAUCCUAAAGAUUUAUGUUGUAAUAAAGGCGCUAAAUAAUGACUGUCUGGUGUAGAAGAUUAAUCUAAAUGUGAUCUAUGAAGUAUUGUAUUGUCAUAGAGCUCAUUUUAACUUUGAUAGAGUGUGCCAUUAUGAUACAUUAUUCUCCUACAGAAGUACUAUGAAUGGGACUUGCUGACUAAUUGAAAUGUAAAAGGUCAUACUGUCCUGUAAAAUGCUCAUGUUACUUUUUCUUCUUGGACACUAAAUUAAAAGAGGUUCUGG